AUGAGUUUUAGUGUACGUAAAGACUAUCUAAAUAAUGACAAAGACGGCGUGACCACGUCUAGGAGAUAUAGUUGCUGCAAGGAAGGUGUGAAGCGCAAGUACGAAGGUGAUGUGAUGCCAAAGAGGACACGAGUGCCGACGAAAACAGGGUAUGGAGCUAAAAUGGUUAUCGUGUUGCUUAGAGGGACAAUGAAGUACCGUGUGCAUGACCUUGUUUUAGAGCAUAACCAUGAGUUGCACAUUGCUCAAUGUGCGCACAUGAUACCAUCACAAAGAAAAGUGAGUGUGGCUCAAGGAUUCCAAGCUGAAAUAAGCGAAGAUGCUGGGAUUUCAUUGAAACAGAGCCAUGAGCUUAUGGGAAAGGAGGCAGGUGGGAUGAGCAAUGUGGGAUAUACUCGGGAUAAUCUUAAACGAUAUCUUCGAACGAGAUGGGAAAGGAGCUUGAAAUAUGGAGAAGCAGAUAGUAUGCUGAAUUAUUUUCAAGAGCAAACACUUGAGAAUCCAUCCUUUUUUCAUGCCGUACAGCUGGACUGUGAAGAACAGAUAACGAAUAUCUUUUGGGCUGAUGCAGGAAUGUUAAUUAACUACAACUUUUUUGGAGACGUAGUCACAUUCGACACAACCUACAAAACAAAUAAAGAAUACCGGCCACUUGGAGUAUUUGUGGGUUUUAACCAACAUAGGCAAAUUGUGAUAUUCGGUGCUGCCCUUAUGUAUGAUGAGACGAUAGAUUCUUUCAAAUGGGUGUUUGGUACAUUUCUAGAAGCAAUGUGCAGAAAGCGUCCAAGCACCAUACUAACAGACCAAGAUCACGCCAUGGCAGCCGCUUUUUCACUUGUCAUGCCCCAAACGUUUCACGGUCUAUGUACGUUUCAUAUAAGACGUAAUUUUAUGAAACAUCUUGGCAAUCACUACAAGGAAAGUAGUGACCUUCCAUACAUGUUUGGUGCCUGCAUGUAUGAGAUUGAAGAAGUUGAACAAUUCAACAGGGUGUGGGAGGCGAUGGUGAAGAAACACAAUCUUGAAAAUAAUGAAUGGCUUUCCGGGCUGUAUCGAAUUCGUGAUAAGUGGGCAAGGUGUAUGAUGAAAGAAAGAUGGACCGCGGGAAUACAAAGCAUCCAACUUAGCGAAAGCCUAAAUGCAGCAAUUAAAAAUUAUUUGAAACUGGAUCACGACCUUGUGCAGUUCUUUAGACAUUUCAAUCGGGUGGUUGAUGAUAAGAGACAUAAUGAACUCAUCGUAGAAUAUGAAAUGAGGCAAAAGCUCCCCAUGGUUGGGUUGAGGCAAACACCUAUGCUUGUGCAUGCUGCAGAUACAUAUUCACCAACCGUAUUUGUUGCAUUCCAAAAUGAAUAUGGCGAGUCCACAGCUAUGGUUAUAUUGAAAUGA